UUUAGAUUCAAUUCAGUCAGUUAUUUGAUUUCGAAUUCAGUUAUUUUGGAUUUUAAAAAUUGAAAAGUAAAUAUUUUUUUUAAAAUUUUAAUCGGUUCCAUUUAGUUUAGUUAUAAUUCUAUUAUGUUCGGUUUUUAAAUAACCGAACGGUUUGGCGCAAAAGGCUUUGAUAUGGAACAUAUGAUUACUAUACACAAUGCAUUAUUGCUGCGAAUAGAGGGCCUUAAAUGGGCCUGUGGUAUGAUAAGCCGGGCCCAGCAGGAGAGAGUGUUUUAGUUUUUAAUUUCCGGAACAGAGCCUGCCAUUUUCUCGCACCGGUAGACCGACGACGGCGAUGGUCGGAGCUCUGCUGCGUAAAGCCCGUGGUUUGGUAGCAGUCACAGCCACAUCCGCCGCCCUCGCCGCUUCUCUUUCUCUUUCAUCCUCUUCGUAUUGUUCGUCUUCCUCAGGGGAGACUCUCAGGACAGAGCUGUGCAUCAUCGGAAGCGGACCUGCUGCCCACACAGCCGCCAUCUACGCCGCCAGAGCCCAACUCCGUCCGAUCAUCUUCGAGGGAUGGAUGGCCAACGACCUCGCUCCAGGUGGCCAGCUCACCACCACCUCCGUCGUCGAGAACUUCCCCGGUUUCCCUGAUGGCAUCCUCGGCCUCGAUCUCGUCGACCGCUUCCGCCACCAGUCCCUCCGCGCCGGCGCUUCCAUCUUCACUGAGACGGUUACCAAAGUCGAUCUUUCCUCCUCUCCUUUCCGGAUAUUCACCGAUUCGAAGUCCGUCUUGGCCAACGCCGUCAUCGUCGCCACCGGAGCCGUCGCCAAGAGGCUCCAUUUCAAAGGCUCCGAUGGCUUCUGGAACCGCGGCAUCUCCGCUUGCGCCGUCUGCGAUGGGGCUGCUCCCAUAUUCCGGAACAAACCUCUGGCGGUUAUCGGCGGGGGAGAUUCGGCCAUGGAGGAGGCCACGUACCUGACCAGAUACGGAUCGAAGGUGUACAUAAUCCACCGGAGAGACAGACUAAGGGCGUCGAGGAUAAUGCAGCAGAGGGCGAUGUCAAACCCUAAGAUUGAAGUAAUAUGGAAUUCAGAGGUGGAGGAGGCGUACGGGGAAGGAGUACUGGGGGGUUUGAAGGUGAGAAACGUGGUAUCUGGUGAAGUGAGGGAUGUGAGGGUGUCAGGAUUGUUCUUCGCGAUCGGGCAUGAACCCGCCACCAAAUUCUUGGAUGGGCAACUGGAGCUAGAUGCUGAUGGCUAUAUCGUGACGGAGGCCGGAAGUACACGGACGAACGUGCGCGGUGUUUUCGCAGCGGGAGACAUCCAGGACAAAAAGUACAGACAGGCCAUCACUGCUGCCGGCACUGGGUGCAUGGCUGCUUUGGAUGCUGAACACUAUUUGCAGGAGAGUGGGUCUCAAAUAGGAAAAUAGCAACUGAGUCUCAUCUUCAAGCACAUUGUUAUGGUUUCCUGAUAUUAUCAUUUUGUCUGAGAUGAAGCUGUAGUUUUGUUAUUCGAAACCUUCUUGUAUCUGAUUUUGAUAAUAAUAAGGGCAGAGCUUCUGUUUAA